UCUGGAGAGAUAGUUGUGAUAUGACGUGAGAAGGCAGCCCUGCUACACCGUGUCCUUUAAUCAUGAAGAUUAUUUUUUUUUAUAUAUAUCGGCCUCGCACACUCACGAAAUGAGUUGACUGAACGCUGUGUUGAUGUGUGUGCAUGCGAGUCGCGUGUGAUGAACGUUUGACAUCCAAAAGUUAUAGCGCGCGCACCCUCGCACAGCUGCACUGCAGGAGGGCGCAACGCCCAUGUGGCUGAGUUCUCCUGCUAAUAAAAAAGAUCGCUUUUUCAUCACAUUAAGUUGAUAAAUAAGGGCGGACUAAAACAGCCCUCAGUCCGACGGCCAGUCCGCGAGUUUAAUCUCAGCGUGUCUUUUUGUUUACAGUGUCGUUCAAAAGGAUUCAGAAAUCUUCUGCAAACAAGACAAGAGACAACAUUAAUAAAUGCGUGUUAUGACGGCAAUGUUUACAUUUAAAGUGUUGCUACAAGUCAGUCACAUUUAGAGACUAGUUUUGAUAGAAAAAGUCAGAUCUCGGAGGACACGGACCCUGUGCAUGGUGUUUCCACAACCCUUCCAAGGCUACAAUGUUUUGAAAGUACGGAGUGAUAGGCUACUGAAAUAGGCUAAAUAAUGCCAUAUGUUAACCAGCAGUUGUCCCAUGAUCACUCCUGAAAUGAAAGAACAACUGUAAAAAAUGACCUGAAUGUGAUUAGUUUCAGAAUUUAUACUCUUCCAUGUUCCAUCUCCCACAAAGUUUUAUAGGCCUAUCCUGCAGGACUGAUGGGAAAAUGGCAUUUGCCAUGAAAUGUGCAGCAAUUACUGGUUUCUUAAUGGAGAACAUUCAGAACACAUUCGAUUCAGGUAUUUCAGCAUUCUUUCAUUUCUGAAAGCAUUUGACAAUGCACACAGAAAGGUGUCCGGUUACUUCUAAUUCAGCUUGAGGGAGAACUGCUGAAAGUAGAAUGUAUUUUUUCAGGCUAUUGCUAUAUUUUUAGACAGGCUGCCAGAGCGAGUUGGGGGAGAGAAAGAAACCAAUUAGAUGCCAGUUACUUCACUGAUAAGACAUUUCUGUUUUAUCUCUAAGAAAACAUACCAUAAAACAGACCAGGGGACACACACACACACAUGUUGUUGUCACACACAUGGACAUGGUUGUAUUUACUUGUAAAGCAGAGAAUAAUAAACCUGGUCAGUCCUUGUUCAGGAGCUCAUGAAGCAGGUUUGGCCACUCCUCAGCCAUUUUCUUUGAGGACAUUGUUUUGAACUGCUAACCUAGCAAGCACUGCAUUAAGGGGACAUACAAAACGGAUUCAUCACAAUUCACAGCAUCAUGGAGCAUAGCUCAAGGGCAGAGGUGAAAUUGGACCUCAUGAAUGGUGCCCUGCAGGCCAGACCUAAAACCCAGGAGAGAGAGCAGUGGGCCAAUAAGCUGGAAUUUCUCUUGGCAGUCGCAGGACACAUCAUUGGCCUGGGAAAUGUGUGGAGGUUUCCGUAUUUGUGCUACAAGAAUGGGGGAGGGGCAUUUUUUGUGCCAUAUGUGCUGUUUCUCUUCACCUGUGGGAUUCCACUUUUCUUUUUGGAGAUGUCACUGGGUCAGUUCACCAGUCAGGGUGGAAUCACGUGCUGGAGGAAGAUCUGUCCACUGUUUGAAGGCCUCGGUUAUGGUAGCCAAGUCGGUGUCUUCUAUGCUGGAGUCUAUUACAUCAUAAUUCUAGCUUGGGCUUUCCUUUACCUCUUCUCGUCCUUCAGUUCAGAGCUGCCGUGGGCUAGCUGCAAAAACUACUGGAACACAGACAACUGCAAAGAGUUCAGCAAGAGCAACAUUACUGAAUAUUCUUCAGAGACAAGCACAUCCCCUGUUAUUGAGUUUUGGGAGAGAAGAAUUUUGGGAUUGUCUGAAGGAAUAGAACAGAUUGGUAAUGUGAGAUGGGACUUGGCGCUCUGUCUCCUGUUGGCCUGGAUCAUCUGCUACUUCUGUGUGUGGAAGGGAGUGAAGUCCACAGGCAAGGUGGUAUACCUCACUGCUACUUUUCCCUAUUUAAUGUUGGCCGUGCUGCUGGUCCGUGGACUUACUCUUCCUGGAGCGAAGAAUGGCAUCAUAUACUACCUUUACCCUGAUCCAACACGUCUCACAGACCCACAGGUGUGGAUGGAUGCAGGCAGUCAGAUAUUUUACUCAUAUGGAGUGUGUACAGGAGUACUGACUGCUUUGGGAAGCUACAACAAAUAUGACAACAACUGCUACAGAGACUGUGUGUACUUAUGUCUGCUCAACAGCUUAACUAGUUUUGUGGCUGGUUUAGCUAUAUUUUCGGUCCUGGGCUUCAUGGCAGAUGAACAGGGAAUGGAUAUUUCAAUGGUAGCAGAGUCAGGUCCUGGAUUGGCGUUCAUUGCUUAUCCCCGGGCUGUGGCUUUGAUGCCCCUGCCUCAGUUAUGGGCAAUCUUCUUCUUUAUUAUGAUCAUAUUCUUGGGACUGGAUAGUGAGUUUGUGUAUCAUGAAGCCCUGGUAACGGCUAUCUCGGAUAUGUAUCCCUCCUUCUUCCAAAUUGGACAUCGGCGUAAAUUUCUUCUCCUCUUCAUAUGUGCUGUCAGCUUCCUUUUAGGUCUGCUGAUGGUAACAGAGGGCGGCCUGUAUGUCUUCCAGCUUUUUGACUAUUAUGCAUGUAGUGGAAUGGCUCUUCUUACUUUUGCCAUCCUUCAGUCCAUCUGUGUUGGAUGGGUAUAUGGUGCAGACCGUCUCUAUGAUAGCAUUGAGGAUAUGAUUGGAUAUCGGCCUUGGCCCUUCAUGAAGUGCUGCUGGAAAUAUCUAACACCAGCUAUUUGCACAGGAACGUUUAUCUUUUCUUUGGUUAAAUACACCCCUCUGAAGUUCAACAAUGUGUAUGAAUACCCCUGGUGGGGCUAUGCGAUUGGUGGCUUCCUCACCCUCUCCUCCACCCUACUUGUUCCACUGUGGAUGAUUUAUUUGGUUGGCACCACUCCAGGGUCUAUGCGCCAGAGAGUAAAAGUCUUGUGCACUGCUGCUGAAGACCUGCCAGAUCCUAAACGUCCAAAACCCAAGCUAAACACAGUUACUUUUGAGACCUUCACAGACCUAUUGACUUUACGAACUGUUCACACACCCAACUCAUUACCUCCCAGAGACAUUGUCUGACUGUUCACCAUUUCUGCUUUGUUUUUAGCCUCUGACAAACAUUUUUGACCCAUUGUCAUUUAAGUGGGCUGAUUCUGAACAUCAUAUGAUGGUUAAGUAGUAAUGUUUAUCAAAGCAUUUUUUUACAUUUUUUUUAUACAGUUCAAUCAAGACUGGACAAGGACAAGGCUUGUUUGCUUUUUAUAAAUGAUUUUAAGUGUUACUUUAAAAAGGGUCUUGAAGGCCAGGAUUGCCAGGUCUGCAUAACAAAACUUAUUGGC